AUGGAAAACUGUCAGGCUAUUGCUGAGGUGAAUAAGGCUCAGGGGGUACCUAUUACUUUUGAUGUGCUGGCAGGAGAGGGACCAUAUCGGGAACUUGAGAAUCAAUUGAAGUUUAAUGUAGGCGUUUAUGCUCACGUUAAUGCACAAGCUAAAAAGGCUUGGCAUAAACUUCCAUCCAUUGGGAGGGGGACUGAAGAUUUGUCAAAAAUUAGGCAAGGACCUGAUGAAUUAUAUCAAAACGUUGUGGAUGGAUUAUUACAGGCUGCUAACAGAUUGGUUGGAGAUUCUGAAGCAGGACUUGCACUUGUAAAAUUAUUAGCCUAUGAGAAUGCUAACUCUGCUUUCAGGGCAGAGCCUAUUGAAGAUGCUUUAGUUGUGUUUACAGAUGGAUCCUCUAAUGGCAAAGCAGCAUAUGUGGUUCAAGAACAGUCUUAUUCAUUUUUUACUCCCCCAGGGUCAGCUCAAGUAGUGGAACUUAGAGCUGUAGCUACAGUAUUUAAUGUUUUAGCUGAAACUCCAUUUAAUUUGUAUACUGAUAGUCAAUAUAUUGCUAGAGCUUUACAGGACACUGACAAUGCCAGGUGGCUACCAGAGAGGUUGGUCCAGUUUGCAGGGACUGAACAUCAGGAGAAUGAUGCCUGUGCUCCUGAUGAUGUGGAUUCAACUCCUGAUGAUCCACAACAAAAAAACAGCUCAGUGGUGACAGAAUUCAUUCUCCUUGGACUGACCCAGUCUCAAGAAGUACAGCUCCAGUCCUUUGUGCUCAUUUCAUUAUUCUACUUCAUAAUCCUGCCUGGAAAUUUUCUUAUCAUCCUCACCAUAAGAUCAGACCCUAAACUCACAACCCCACUCUACUUCUUCCUGAGCAACUUGGCCUUCCUGGAUGCUCCCAGGAUGCUGGUGGACUUCCUCUCUGAGAAGAAGGUAAUCUCCUACACAGGCUGCAUCACUCAGCUAUUUUUCUUGCACUUUGUUGGAGCAGGAGAAAUGUUUCUUCUUGUUGUGAUGGCCCUUGACCGCUACAUCGCCAUCUAUCAUCCUUUACAGUACUCAACUUUCAUGAACCACAGAGUCUGCUAUGCAUUAGUGAUGGCUCAGUGGCUGGGAGGAUUUACCCAUUCAAUUAUACAAGUGGCCUUAUCCAUUAUCCUGAAAUUGCUGUUCUGUGGUCCAAACCUGCUGGACAACUUCUGUGAUGUCCCACAGGUCAUCAAGCUGGCCUGCACUGACACCUUUGCAGUGGAGCUCCUGAUGGUCUUCAACAGUGGCCUGCUCACUCCUGUGUGCUUCCUGGGGCUUCUAUCCUCCUAUGCUGUAGUUCUGUACUGAAUAAAGGGACACUCCUCUGAAAGGAACAACAAGGCUAUCUCCACGUGUACCACCCACAUUAUCAUUGUGUUUCUUAUGUUUGCACCUGCCAUUUUUAUCUAUACUCGCCCCUUCCAAGUCCUCCCAGCUGACAAAGUUAUAUCUCUCUUCCACACAGUCAUUUUUCCUUUGUUGAAUCUUGUGAUUUAUACACUUCAAAACCAUGAAGUGACAGCUUCCAUGAGGAAGUUGUUCAAUCACUGUGUGAUUUGCUGA